AUGGAGCUAAAAGUAUGGUGCGAUGGCAUACAGCGUGUGGUAUGUGGCGUAUCCGCCGCGACCACGUGCCAAGAGGUUGUGUUCGCUCUAGCGCACGCCACCGGCCAAACCGGUCGAUUCAUCUUGAUCGAAAAGUUCCGCCACCAAUCCGAGCGCCUGUUGGCGCCGACAGAGCACCCGCUACUUGUGCUCAGCCAUUGGGGCGAAUACGCCACUGACGUGCAGUUUGUGAUGAAACGCAGCGACGGCCCGGUUGUGCCCACCGGUGCCGCCGCCACCGCGUCGGCCGCCAAACUGGCCAACACUGGCCUAUCGUUGGCCACUAGUCCGCAGCACUCGAUCAGUAGCCCAGCCGUGAAUACCUCAGCCAAUGGGAGUGGACAACAGCAGCAGCAGGUGCUGGUCAAUGGUCAGCCCCCGCCGCCAGCGCUGGUCAGCCCUAACCGCAGGGAUGUGUUUAAUAACUCUAUUAACCGAAAUCCCGUCAAACAACAGGUCCCGCCGACGACGACGACAACCGCUAACACUAACUCAAUCUCUAGUCAUAAUAAUAACCACAACAACCCUAUUAUCACCAGUAAUGCCAUUAACGCCAACAACCAAUUGGUUAACAAUAUUAAUCAUAUGAACGCAAAUAUGGUUCACAACAACCAUAACAAUAACAAUCAUCACUCCGGGGACCAGCUGUUGACCGAAUCGGCGCAACUGCACCAGAAGUUUAUCGCCAAAAACAAUACCAUCAAUAAUAUCCAUACCAUUAAUAGCAAUAGUAAUAACGCUAACAAUAAUAAUAACAAUACAAUCAUCGCUAUCAACAACACCGCCGACGCUAUGGUCACCAGCCCUAAGGGCACCGGCCAUAGGCCCAGACACCCGCCGCCCUAUAGCGAGGCCAUUAACAAGUCGGCACUGGUUACGGGCGGUACUGGUAGUCCCGUUACCACCACUACCGGCACCGGCGGCACAAACACUAGUCAACACCCGUUGGAGUUUGACUCGUCCUCCGCUUCCGAUGACAACAACACAAUCGGCCGACAAGUGGUGACCAACACUACUACCGGUGGUCCGGGCGUUGGUAUUGGCGGUAAUAAUAAGCGCCGAUCGGCCGAACCGUCGCCUCAAACGCAGAGCAAACAACGGACCACUUGUGGUGUCGGCGGUGUUGGCGGCGGCACUGGUAGUCAGAAGGAUCUGCUCCUCCAUAGGGAUGCCAUACGACUGGUCGAUAUGCAGAAGGAGACGAUGCGGGCACAGGAAAUGGAAAUGUCUUCAGUAGAGCGGGAGAUAACCCUAAUCGAGAAGAAUCUGAUGGACAACGAGCUGCUAAUCAGCGAAUACAAGUGCGAGAUGGAGGCCGUCCACCAGCGAUGGCAGGACCAGGAGGUGGUCAUCGACCAGAUGGACGGCGCGGGCAUGGAGUGCGAGUUGGAUGAGUUGGUGGCCAGGGCUGCCUCCUAUGAGGAUGACGUACAGGCCGUGAAACACAAGCUGAGCCAAUGCGAGACACAGAUAGGGGACUGUAGGCAACAGAUUACUCGGCUUAUGGAUCAGUUGGAGGCCGAAGAGGCGGUGGCCCGGAGGCAGAGGGCGGCCGCCAAUGAGGCACAGUUGGAGGCGAGUGAUGAGACCGAGAGGUUGGCCGAGCAGUUGGUUCGCGCGCUCAGGGAUAGGAAGGAUGAGUUCGAGUCACAG